AUGAAUCAUUCAAGUUAUUCUUCAUCAUCGGUAGCAUUGGUGGAACUCAGUGAUACGGAACAUACUUUAAUUUUACUAUCACGGUCAAUGGAUUUGAAUGAGAUAUUUUACAUGAUGAUGCUGAAUAAUAUUUUUCCUAUGGAAUUGAAAAAUAAAUAUGACCAUAUAAAGAAUAUAAUUAACCUACAUUAUCAUAAGUCCUACGAAGUACAUGACAUAAGAUCGAUUAUCGAGUUUAUUUCUAUCACUCCAACAUAUGCUCGUAUGUUUCGACUACAAUCGCUCGAUGAAAUGAUUCAAAAUUAUCAAAACCAAAGAGUUGCUGAAUCUGAUGACGUAUGUGAAUUAUACUUGAAACCAUAUACGAAUGAUUGUAUCGAAUGCAAAAAAGAAUUAAAAUUAGUGUUUUCUCACCGUCCAAAGACAGUUUUGUCUUUAACUCGGAAUUACAAAGCACGUAUGUUGUAA